ACCCACAAUGUCACCAGGCGCUCAGAUUCACACUGGAGAACUUGAUCUUGACCAACUCGUUUGGAUUCAUGGGAGAGAAAAAAAACAACCUUACAAUUAAGCCCACAUUCUGAGCUAUAACUACCAAGAAGGUUUCACAAACAACUGCAAUAUCCGUUGCCAGACUUGGACAUCAACCUUUUGGGAACAUUUUUUUUCAUUUUUUUGUGUCUUACUAUUUAUUUUCUCCCACUCUUGGGGAUUAAAUCUUCGCCCAGUCCGUGUGGUCGCCCCCUCCUUCCCAGAGAGGGUGUAAAGUUAAAGUCGCCCCGGAGAGAUGCAGUCCUUUCUCCCGCUUGCUGUGUAUUGCAUCAGCCUGGUUUCCCUCCAGCAGCUGCUGGCAAUGCCGGCUGAGCGUCCCGACAGCAACAGGUUGGCCCUCAUCGACAGGCUCAUGGACCAGAGAGAGGAUGAAGCCUCAGCGACAGGAAGCCAGACUCACAUCGCCGAGCCCUCUUCAGCCAUGAGCCCAUCCCCAAAAUGGCUGCCCGAUUUCCUGAGACACCAACCGGCUUCGGGAGUGCGAGCCGCCUCGCCAAGCCUGGCGUGGGCACGACCAAAUAGGGCUUCACCCAUCCAGCGGAGGGCGCUGAGAACUCGUCGCUACACCCACUCGCGAGGUGGUCACCAACAUGCCCAGCUGAUGAGAGUGGGUUGCGUCCUGGGAACCUGCCAAGUGCAGAACCUCAGCCACCGGCUCUAUCAGCUCAUUGGUCAGAGCGGCAGACAGGACUCAUCCCCCAUCAACCCCAGUAGCCCCCAUAGUUAUGGAUGAGUUGACCCCAAACACCCACAGCAAGUCUAUCUAUAUCUCCAUUUAUUUAUCUUUUAAUGUAUUACUGGUAGUCUUUGCAUUAGUUUGAUGUAGUCCUUAACCCUUGCUUAUGUAUCUCAAAAUGACAAUUAUACUCCCAUAAAUGACUGUUGUGCCUCUCUACUUUUUGUGCUGAUUGAUGGAUUUGAAGAUUUAAAUUCAACACCGUGACUGACUGAAUCAUUUUUUGCAAACCCGCAAUUUGAGUUCAACCACCGUCCUGAGAACGUUUGUCUUUUUGUAGGGCGUUCAAGUCUCGUCAAAGUCUUUUUGGUUCCCCCUCCUGAAUGCCCAAAAAAGAAGCCAAGAGGCCUCAGUUUGACAUCUUAAUCCUGUUAAUAUUAGAAUGAAGGCUUGUCCUCAACACCAUCCAGUGGCCUGGUCCUGUCUGCCAACUGAACCCCCCCAGCGGUGGAUAUUCCGCAGCUCAUUGAUCAAACACUUUCAACCUACACUCAGAGCCGGAGACCUGUCAAAACCAAUGGAUUCCCAAAGAGCGCGUAAAUGACCCAAUGAACCCUUUCAACUCUUUUUUUUGUGUGUGUCCCCCUUUGUGUUAACUUUGGGGUUCCCAAGUCAUUUCACAACUGCAUAUACAAUUACAAUAUUAAUUCUGACAUCCACAAAAUAUUCCGCAAGCUUUGUGUUGAGCUGGGAAUUUGGCAGUCAGCAGGACUUUGUGUUUCAGGACCACAGUUUACAUUGAAACCAGCCACAGCACUUGGGUUACACCCCCCCAGCCCGAGUUUAAGAGCAUUCUGAGUCAGGACUUAACCACAUAAACUCCACGCUGAAAAUGGAAAAAGAAGAGGGUCGGCAUCCAGUGCCUUGGAAGGAAUCUACACAGAAACUCACUUCCCAAAGGAUCAGUUUCAGUAUUGCAUUGGAGUAGCCCGUUGCCCAACACAGUAGGUGCUAAAGUGAGCCUUGGAGCCAUGGGUCAGUGCUCCGUCGCACCACUGCUGGCAUUUUCCCUGCUGGAGGCCAAGUCUGAAAUAUUAGCCUUUUCACGUGAUUCAUACGUUCCCCUUGCAAGUCAGGACUUUGGGUUGACAGCAGUUUAUUAAAACUGACCUUAUCAUGUCAGAAAUAUGCACCGCCACAGCAGGAGGGGGGGGGGGGGGGGCUCAUCCUCCCAUGGUCCGCACACUCAGUGCUAAAACAUAAAUAUAAAGAGCAAGGCAUGUGGCUACCACAAAUAUGCACACACGCAGCCUUGAAGUUUGCAGAUAUUAAAGGGUUUACUUA